GAGCUGUAUUGGUGCAGGGAGCCAGACGCUGAGCUAAGAAGGUAAAUUAUGCUAACAUAUUCGUUAUAAUCUUUAAAUAGAUAAGAAUUUUGAAUGCCGAUGUGAGAUUUAGAUUUGGCCAAAACAGAGCUCAUACUUAAGGAAGGAAGAAAGGAAUGAUUUGUGAAAUAUGUAGUAUGUGUCAGAUGCUUCCACAUAUGUUAUCUCAUUUAAUUCUCUCAACAAUCCUGGAUGGUGGUAUAUAUGGAUGAGGAAAGUGAUGCUCAGAGAGGGCAAGUAACUUACUCAAGAUCAUGCAGCUGGUAAGUGAAAGAGCCAGAUUUAACCUCGGGCUGAUCCAUUUCCAAAGCAUAUAUACUCUUGCCCACUACACUUACUACCUCUUUGGGUGGAAUGGAGGUGGGAGGAGGUCAGGGGCUAUGGGAGAGAGAGGAGGUAGUCUCCCAAUAUGUUAGUGAAAAGAGUGAAGCAUUUCCCUUCUAAAUAAAAAUAAGUGAUUAUUAAAUAGUGAUUUUUUUAAAAAGGGGAAAUUUAGAGAGGAAAGUACUUGUACCUUCUCUAGGUAUUUUCAAAUUGUGUGUCAUGUUGCUAUGAAUAGAAAUUACAGACUUAAUAUUUAUGCUGUUAUUUUAAUAAAGUGUUCUAUUUUUAUAGAAAAAGUAUACUGUACUGGAUUGUGUGCUAAAUAUUCUGGCCUCAUCAGUUAUCUAUCUCUUGGCAAAUUAGAUGGCUUGUCAGGCUCUGUUUUUUGCCCCUGAUGGCUGCUAAAUAAAUGGUACUUGGAAGGAAACAAAAAUUGGCCCCUUUGGCUUUGCCCUUGUGGAUCUAACACUUAUGAAGCAAUGGCUGAUAUCACUCUUCCCUCUCACCCUCUCUUUCUGCCAGAAGCUGACUCCUGUCUCACUCGGUUCACCGUCCCUCAGACAUACAAUUACUCUGUUCUCCUUGUGGAUCCUGCUUCCCAUACACUUUAUGUCGGCGCCCGGGACACCAUCUUUGCUUUAUCUUUGCCCUUCUCAGGGGAGAGACCCCACAGGAUUGACUGGAUGGUGCCUGAGGCCCACAGACAGAACUGUAGGAAGAAAGGCAAGACGGAGGACGAAUGUCACAAUUUUGUCCAGAUUCUCGCCAUUGCCAAUGCCUCUCACCUCCUCACUUGUGGCACCUUCGCUUUUGAUCCGAAGUGCGGGGUUAUUGCUGUGUCCAGUUUCCAGCAGGUUGAAAGAAUUGAGAGUGGCCGGGGGAAAUGUCCUUUUGAGCCAGCUCAGCGGUCAGCAGCUGUAAUGGCUGGGGGCGUCCUCUAUGCUGCCACUGUGAAAAACUACCUGGGGACAGAGCCCAUUAUCUCCCGGGCUGUGGGUCGUGCUGAGGAUUGGAUUCGGACAGAGACCUUGCCAUCCUGGCUUAAUGCUCCAGCCUUUGUCGCAGCCGUGGCCUUGAGGCCAGCCGAGUGGGGGGAUGAAGAUGGAGACGAGGAAAUCUACUUCUUCUUUACGGAGACUUCCCGAGCCUUUGACUCAUACGAACGAAUUAAGGUUCCUCGAGUGGCCCGUGUGUGCGCGGGGGACCUUGGGGGCCGGAAGACCCUCCAGCAGAGGUGGACAACCUUUCUGAAGGCUGACCUGCUGUGUCCAGGGCCUGAGCAUGGCCGGGCCUCCAGUGUCCUGCAGGAUAUGGCCAUUCUUCGACCUGAGACUGGAGUGGGGACCCCCAUCUUUUAUGGCAUCUUUUCCUCCCAGUGGGAGGGGGCUGCCAUCUCUGCUGUCUGUGCCUUCCAACCACAAGACAUUCGGACAGUGCUGAAUGGUCCCUUUAGAGAGCUGAAACAUGACUGCAAUAGGGGACUGCCUGUCAUGGACAAUGAAGUACCCCAGCCCAGACCUGGAGAGUGCAUCACCAAUAACAUGAAACUCCAGCAGUUUGGCUCAUCACUCUCCUUGCCUGACCGUGUGCUCACCUUCAUCCGGGACCAUCCCCUUAUGGACAGGCCAGUGUUCCCAGCUGAUGGCCACCCCCUGUUGGUCACUACAGAUACAGUCUAUCUCAGAGUGGUGGCCCACAGGGUGGCCAGUCUCUCAGGGAAAGAGUAUGAUGUUCUCUACCUGGGGACAGAGGAUGGACACCUCCACCGAGCUGUGCGGAUUGGAGUCAAGCUCAGUGUCCUUGAGGAUCUGGCCUUAUUCCCAGAGCCACAGCCAGUUGAGAAUAUGAAAUUGUAUCAAAGCUGGCUCCUGGUUGGCUCCCGUACUGAGGUGACACAAGUGAACACAACCAACUGUGGCCGUCUCCAGAGCUGCUCAGAGUGCGUCCUGGCCCAAGACCCUGUCUGUGCUUGGAGCUUUCGGCUAGAAGCAUGUGUGGCCCAUGCUGGAGAGAGUGGAGGGCUGGUCCAAGACAUAGAGUCAGCGGAUGUCUCUUCUUUGUGUCCUAAAGAGCCUGGAGAACAACCAAUAGUGUUUGAAGUUCCUGUGGCUACAGCUGCGCAUGUAGUCUUGCCAUGUUCCCCAAGCUCAGCUUGGGCAUCGUGUGUGUGGCACCAGCCCAGUGGAGUGACUGCUCUUACCCCCCGGCGGGAUGGGCUAGAGGUGGUGGUAUCCCCGGGGGCCAUGGGCGCUUAUGCUUGUGAAUGUCAGGAGGGUGGGGCAGCCCGUGUGGUAGCUGCUUAUAGCUUGGUAUGGGGCAGCCAGAGGGCCCCCUCAAGCCGGGCCCACACAGUGGGGGCUGGACUGGCCGGCUUCAUCCUGGGGAUUCUUGCAGCAUCCCUGACUCUCCUCUUAAUUGGUCGACGUCAGCAGCGACGGCGACAGAGGGAACUUCUGGCUAGAGACAAGGUGGGCUUGGACCUGGGGGCGCCGCCAUCUGGGACCACAAGCUAUAGCCAGGAUCCUCCCUCUCCCUCUCCUGAAGAUGAGCGGCUGCCCCUGGCUCUAGGCAAGAGAGGCAGUGGCUUUGGUGGCUUCCCUCCACCCUUCCUGCUUGAUCCUUGCCCGAGCCCAGCCCACAUUCGGUUAACUGGGGCUCCUCUGGCCACAUGUGAUGAAACAUCCAUCUAGGACUGGGCAAAUGACCACUAGUGCAUGAGUGAGCACUGGAAUGGAGUGACCAUUAAGAUGCUGGGGUCACUGGGCCUGAAGACCGUCAUGACCUUUGAGUUCUCUUUGGCCUUUGAGUGAUCACUUGAUUUCAGUGUCUGCCUUCUGUGGGCCUGGAUGGGCUCCGGGACAGGCCUUUGUCGGAGUCCUGAUUCCUGAUUCCCAUGAGAGAUCAGAACUUCUCUCUGCAGUGAAUCAGGACUUUCCCACACUUGUUCUUUGACCCCCGGUAACCCCUUCAAAUCUGACCCACUAUUUGGGGCCCAUAAAUUUGGGGAGGAACAUAGGACAUAGCUAUGACUUUGCCUUCUGGUUGGACCCUCGCCAGAAGGAGGAGCUGUGGAGGUGGUUGGGGGCCACUGUGCACUGACUGAGUCUUUGGAGUGGUUUUGCUGAUUCUCCCAGUUAGUCUAAUUCUCUGUGGGGAGUGCAUGUUCCCCAUGUUGCAACAUGGAAUCUCUGCCCUGAGAUCUCUCUCCACCCUCAUUUUCCUUCUUCCAUGAAAGAGCAUGUGUAAAUAUGAGUGUUCAUAGGAAACCUGGCCAAAUGUGCAUGAAUGAUUAGGCCAAUGCUCAGGUGUAUUCAUUGGGGGUAAGGAGAGGGAAGACUGGGAUGGGGGCAUUGCCUGCAGAACUUUAGACCCUGUAGCCAGUGAAGGAAUGGCUUUCCUUUCUAAAAGGAAAUAAACAACUGCUCCCCUCUACCCCCUCAUCGCUUCUCACAACCCUCCUGAUGAGCUGAGAAAAACUCCCAAAGUGGCCUUCUGCAUGGAAGGGCAGCGGGACAUGUGACCCCAUGUUUCUGUUUGUUUUUGCCUCCUGGCUGCCACCACUGCCAUGCCCAGCUGCUCUUUCUCUGGCUGGUGUAGGCUGGACCCCUUUUCCUUGGCUCCCAUUAUAAAUAAAUUUCACAACAUUCUAAAUAUUAGGGGACAACAAAAGGGGAACAGUCAUAGGAAAUACAAAGAGUAUAAAGAUAGGUUUGUAUCAGUGACUUUACUCAGGUUGACACCCUUGCCCUAAAGCAGUUCUCCAGUGGGGAUCCAUGGACUCCCUGAAAUCGUAUGCAAAAUGUUGUCUGUACAUGUGUGUCUGUGUUUUUCUGGGGGGAGGUUUUAUGGUUUUCAUCAGAUUCUCAAGGCCUUAACAAAGUUAAAUGACCACUGCCCCAAAGUCACCACACCAUUGGCCAAGCUGAGAUGGUGCCACUCAGCAGCAGCUCUUCUGCCCCUCCCCACCUGCUCUUGGCCAGCCCUUGGACUUGCAGCUGCUGGAUGCCGUCUUAUUUCUCCAGACCCUGGAAGCUGGGCUCUGUGCAUAUUUGAAGACUCUCACCAAACUUAAAGACUUCUUCCUGCUUUACAACUUGCAGAUGCUUUAGGCUUCUCCUGCUAAGUUCUGGUCUUGGCCUGUGAAUGUGCCUCAUUCAUCCCUGGGGGACCCCCCCGCCCCCACCCUUGAGCUCCAAUGAAUGAUCCAGCCCUUCCCAGUUGAAGUUUUCCGCUCGACUUUCCUUGGCAGCAGCCUGUGAAUUACCCAAAAGAGUCCCCUUGGGUUUGGACUUAUCAGUGGCUAUGCCCUAAUAAGGGUAUGAUCUUCAGCAAGUAAUCUAACUUAGGAACAUUGGUUUACGCAUCUGUAAAGUGGGGAUAAUAAUACCUACCUCAAGGUUGCUACAAGGAUUAAAUGAGAACAUGUAAACAAUAAAGCACUAUCUAUACCCGUA